CCCCAGAGUGCAGUGUUCCUGCCAGAGUUCGCCCUCUCUCCUCAGGGCAGCUUCAUGGAGGAUGCCACCGAGGAUCAGUUUCUAACCUACAGAUACGACGACCAGGCGUCCAGGAUGACUCGCUCAGAUGAAGACAGGGACGUCGGCUGGGACGCCUGGGGAACCUGGAGCGACUGCUCUCGGACCUGCGGGGGAGGAGCUUCCUACUCUCUACGACGCUGCCUCAACGGAGGAAACUGUGAUGGCAAAAACAUCCGCUAUAGGACCUGCAGCAACAUGGACUGCCCAGCGGAGUCAGGUGACUUCCGGGCCCAGCAGUGUUCAGCCCACAAUGACAUCAAGUACCAAGGUGUCACCCAUGAGUGGGUCCCAGCACCUUACGAUCCCUCAGCCCCCUGUGCUCUGAGAUGUCAGGCGAAAGGAAGAAGCCUCACUAUUGAACUGGCCCCCAAAGUGCUGGAUGGAACACGCUGCCGUGCAGACGCCUUCGACAUGUGUAUCAGUGGAGUGUGUCAGGAGGUGGGUUGUGAUCGCCAGCUGACCAGCGGUGCCAGAGAGGAUAACUGUGGCGUCUGUGGAGGCGACGGCUCUACGUGCCGGCUGGUACGAGGACAGGCCCUGCCUCACCUUACAGCGGACGAAUCUGUCAAAACAGUGCUGGAGGUGCCAGUGGGAAGCCGCUUUGUCAGAGUCAAUGCCAAAGGACCAGAUAUGAUAGUCAUUGAGGCUGUCUCUCUUCAGGGGAGGAGGGAGGAGACCGGUCUAGUGUCUACAGGCUCCUACGUGAUAGGAAACACUUCCCUGGACUUUCAGAGAGGAAUGGACAGGCAGACACUCAGGACACAUGGACCGCUCAACGCUGAUUACAUCAUCAAGAUGAAGUAUGGAGGACCCAAGGACACAGUAGUCCAGUUUCUCUUCUACCAGCCAAUUAGGUACCAGUGGAGAGAGACAGACUUCUUCCCCUGCUCUGUCACCUGUGGAGGAGGCUAUCAGCUUAACUCUGCAGAGUGCACAGACAUCCGAUCCAACCAGACCCUGCCUGAACACCACUGUAACAGCUAUCCUGAAAACACCAAACCCACACCAAAACUCAAGGAGUGCAACAUGGACCCCUGCCCAGAGAGUGAUGGAUUCAAAGAGGUGAUGCCAUAUGAUCACUUUCAACCUCUGCCUCGCUGGGAGCAGGGCCCCUGGACCCAGUGCUCCGUGUCUUGUGGUGAAGGCGGAGGCUGGCAGGACCGCAGCGUGGUGUGUGUGGAGGAGGACACCCACGGACAGUUCUCCCAGGUAGAUGAGUGGAAGUGCACCCAUUCCCCUCGACCUGUCACCAGACAGAUUUGCAACACUUUCGCCUGCCCCCAGUGGGUGGCCAUGGAGUGGUCUCAGUGCACGGUGACGUGCGGUCGUGGCCUGCGUUACCGAGUGGUUCUGUGCAUCGACCAUCGUGGGCAGCACAUUGGAGGCUGUGACUCAUCCCUCAAACCUCAUGUUAAAGAGGACUGUCUGGUCCCUAUUGCCUGCCACAAGCCCAGAGAAUCUGUGCCAGUAGAGGCCAAGGUGCCCUGGUUAAAACAAGCCCACGAGCUGGAGGAACACCACACUGCUACAGAGGACCCUACAUUCGUACCCGGACCCUGGUCCCCCUGCAGCGUCACCUGUGGGCCUGGCAGGCAAAGUCGGGAGGUGAAGUGCCGGGUGCUGCUCUCGUUCACUAAGACAGAGGUGGACCUUCCAGAGGAGGAGUGCGGUGAUGACAGACCCCAGCUGGAGAGGCCUUGCAACCAAGGGAUAUGCACCAGGGCUCCAGGUAUCUCUCCAGACCUCCAGGAGCAUGUGGACACUUACAUCCAGACGGGGGAAGUGCACAGCUGGGACUACAGGGGCUUCACUGCCUGCUCAGCCACAUGUGCUGCUGGGAAGCAGACAGCAGUAGUGAGGUGUGUUAACAGGAAGCGAGGUGAGGAGGUGGAGGACUCUCUGUGUGAUUUAUCCAGCAAGCCUCCAGUUAUGAUCCGCAUCUGUAACCCCGAGCCAUGCCCCCCAAGAUGGGAAGUGACAGCGUGGACCAGCUGUUCUGCAUCCUGCGGCGUAGGCAUACAGACCAGGAGUGUGUUCUGCAUGCGUUUGCUGUCCGUCGACCAGCAGGAUAUUCUGACCGUUUCAGAGGACGAGUGCAGAGAAUUCAAACCCCCCAUUCUGCAACCCUGCAACCAGGUGGACUGUCCUCCAUCCUGGGAGACUGAACCUUGGCAGCAGUGCUCCCAGUCAUGUGGUGGGGGCCUUCAGGUGCGUAAGGUGUACUGUAAGCAGCUCCUGUCCACAGGGGCCUAUAGGAGACUAGGAGACAGGUCCUGCUGGGGGGGCAAGCCUGCCACCAACAGAGGCUGCAGUACCACUGACUGUCUGCCCUACCUGGCAGGAGGAGAGUGGAGCAAGUGCUCGGUGUCCUGUGGUUUGGGCAUCCAGCGCAGGGACAUAUUGUGUCGCCAGCUCACAGCCAUGGGCCAACAGGUGACCUUGGCCAGGGAGCUGUGUUCAGGGUUACCCCCACCACCACUCGUUCGAACCUGCCGCAUGAUUGCCUGUCCCAGCUUUAUCCCUGGGGUUAAAAUGUGCCCAGCACUCAUGAGCGCCAAUGAUCAUAAAAUCUACAUUCAGACACGUAAGGUGAAGCGCCUCCACCUGACCAUUGGUGGCCACGCCUACCUCCUACCCAACACAUCACUGGUCAUCAAAUGCCCUGUCAAAGUGUUCCCCAAAGCUUACAUCAUGUGGCGUAAAGACGGACGUCCUUUGCCUAGCUCCAAACGCCUGGACGUCACCAAAUUUCGCUCUCUGAAGAUCCACUCUCUGGGGCCAGAGGACAUCGGGGUGUACGAAUGCAUCGCUGGACCCGCCUCAGACAUCUUCACCCUCCAGCUGAUAGGUAGUCACAGCAGACCAACUGUGGCAAAUACCUAUAACGACAUAGAGUUCAGGGGGGCUGUUUGCUACAGCCAUAACAAUCACGUACGGGACGGUCAUCCACUCGGGGUCAUAUCAGGGGUGUAUCUGCUGCCUCCUGGUGACCAAGAGGUCUCCUUGCAUCCGAAGUUGGAGGAAAGGCUCAUAAAUAUUACCUUGCAGGCUGACAGGAGAGAGAUCAGGCAGGAGCAGGCCUCAGAGCUCAUCUCCUCACUGCUAACCCACGUGUUUGCUCAAAAGCUCUGGACCAGGCCUGCACAUGUUAAAGACAGACUGCCCAACUGGUCAGAGCUCUCCCCAUUGAAGACAUCUGGCAGUAGACCAGUGAUCAUCAGACAGCCGCUGACCUCUCCUACCACUUUAAAGAAGCACAUCAACAUCAGCAUUGGACAGAAUGCCUUCCUCACUAACGCUACCAGAUCACUGACCAUACUCUGCCCUGUGCUGGGCCCCCCCCCUCCCAGCAUAGCGUGGGCCAAAGAUGGAGCUUUCCUGCAGCACACUGACAGGGUAUCAUGGGAUACCUCAGGAGAACUCCACAUCGUGCAGCCCACAGAGUCUGACACAGGCCAGUACAAGUGCACAGCUGUUAACAUACAUGGUUUAGACUCUGAGACGUCUCAGCUCCAGGUGGCAGCGCCGCCGGUCAUCGCAGUGUCACGGGAGAAUGACAAGAUUGUGUUGGGCCACAGUGUGAGAGCCGUGGUGGGGGGGCAUGUCAGCGUUCACCCAGGUGCCAACCUUACUCUGGACUGCCCCGUCACUGGUUUUCCUCAGCCCACAGUGAUGUGGCACAGGAAGGAUCGGCCGUUGGAUUUGGGAGCUUACACCCUGCCCUCUGGCUCACUGUGGAUAAGGAACGUUACUCUGCAGGACAGGGGAACCUUCUUCUGCACCGCCACUAACCUCAUUGGAAAGUCCACCGCCUCUACUGUGAUCCAGGUCUACGCUGGAGGAGGCAAGGCUCUUCCCAUCUCACAAGAGCUGAGCAGGAGAAGGGUCCUCAUGGCAUCACGUCGUGGAGCAAGUGUCAUCAUCAAACGUGGAGACACUCUACGCAUAGGUUGCCCUGUGAUUCCUAACCACAAGCUUCCAGUGCGCUGGGACUUCAACAACCAGACCAUGAGGGAGAUUUCAGGUCUGCAGUAUAGGAUGCUAGUGGGAGGUCGAGUCAUGGAGGUCAGCACAGUCCAAGGGGGGUACUCAGGCCGGUACCGCUGCCAGACCCUCCUCAACAGUACCAGACAAAUACUGUCUGCCUGGAUAGACAUUCGCAGUGACGAGUAUAGCUGGCGGUUUGAAGACUGGCCCACAUGCAGUGCGACCUGUGGGAACAGAGGGACUUGGCUGCGGAAGAUUCGCUGUGUCAGCCGGUAUGAAGGAGAAGUUCAGCCCGUCAUGUGUCAGCACAUACCAAAACCCACCAGCACCCUGCUUUCCUGCAACAGACAGGACUGUCCUCCCAGAUGGGCGGUAUCAGAGUGGUCAAAGUGCUCUGUCUCAUGUGGCAGCGGCUGGAAGCAGAGGCAGGUGGUCUGUCAGCAGCUGGAUGUCAGAGGAGCAGUGAAGAAUGUGGCGGCAGCAGCCUGUGAGAAGUCGAGGCGGCCUGCUGACACAGAGCAGUGCACCGCUAACAACUGUCCCAACUGGGUGACCAGUCCCUGGGGAAAGUGUUCAGGGAGGUGCUUAGGCCCCACCACCACUGUGCAGAAGAGAUCUGUUAUCUGUCAACAUUCCAACGGCUCCUCAUACACAGACUGUGAUCUCAGGAACAGGCCUAUGUCAGUACGCAACUGUUCCUCUGACCUGUGUGAUGUCCAGUGGCAUCCUGGUGCGUGGCGAGCAUGCACCGUCGUCUGCGGGAGCGGCUUCCAGUCCCGCAAGGUGGACUGCAUUCACCGCAGGAGUGGCAAGACUCUGGCUGACCAGCACUGCGCCUGGAUCCAACGCCCCUCCACCUGGCAGCACUGCAACACUGCCAACUGUGGGAGUGAAUGCAAGGAUGCAACCCAGUACUGCAGCGUGGUGAAGAGACUGAAGCUGUGCUAUGUGGAUAUGUACAAACACAGAUGCUGCGGGUCAUGUUCACAGGAUGCCAACUCCACCUAGUGGCAGAGAGCGUGUAACUACAUUAAAUUGUGUCAAACAGGUUGACUACAUGAGAUGAAUGACUGGGCAAAGAUUGAAAGGACAUCAUCUGC